GGUGGAUGGGGCACUGUUUCCAUUCCUUACCAGAGGAAAUCUGUGAGUGGUUUAAAUGCAAGCCAGAGGCUGUUUUGCAAGCAACUUGUGAGGAAGUGUGUGAAGAGCAUAGCAACAUGGUCAGCCGCGUGGAGCAUCCUGCUAGCGGCUACAAGAAGCUCUUUGAGACAGUGGAGGAGCUGAAUGAGCCCAUACCUGCAGUUAUCACUGGUGUUAUCCCAUCAUGGCUGGGGGGAAGUCUUCUGAGGAUGGGCCCGGGUCUUUUCGAGGUGGGAGAUGAAGUUUUCCACCACCUUUUUGAUGGACAGGCUCUCAUGCACAAGUUUGACCUGAAGAACGGGCAGGUGACCUACUACAGGAAGUUUAUCAAGACAGAUGCAUACAUUCGUGCCAUGGCAGAGAACAGAGUGGUCAUCACUGAGUUAGGCACAGCAGCCUACCCUGACCCCUGCAAAAACAUCUUCUCGAGGUUCUUUACUUACCUCAGAGGCACUGAAGUGACCGAUAACUGUUUAGUGAACAUCUACCCAAUUGGUGAAGACUUCUACGCGGUCACCGAGACCAACUACAUCACCAAGGUUGAUCCUGAUUCACUGGAGACGUUAAAAAAGGUGGACCUUUGUAAAUACCUCUCAGUGAAUGGGGUGACCGCCCACCCCCACAAUGAAAGAGAUGGGACGGUCUAUAACAUAGGUAACUGCUUUGGAAAGAACAUGAGUCUGGCUUAUAACAUCGUGAAGAUCCCACCUGCUCAGAAAGACAAAUCAGACCCCAUAGAAAGGUCCCAAGUCUUGCUCCAGCUACCCAGCAGUGAGAGGCUUAAACCCUCCUACGUACACAGCUUCGGAAUGACAGACAACUACUUUGUGUUUGUGGAGCAGCCGGUGAAGAUCAACCUGCUCAAGUUCCUGUCAGCUUGGAGUUUCAGAGGAGCCACAUACAUGGACUGCUUUGAGUCCAACUACAGCAUGGGGACAUGGUUCCACUUGGCCAGUAAGGACCCAGCAGGUUAUAUGAGUAGUCACAAGUUCAGAACAUCAGCGUUCAACCUAUUUCACCAUAUUAACACCUAUGAAGACCAAGGAUUCAUCGUUGUUGAUCUCUGCACAUGGAAAGGUCAUGAAUUUGUGUACAACUACCUGUACCUGGCCAAUCUGAGGGAGGAGUGGGAGGAGGUGAAGAAAGCAGCUAUACGAGCUCCUCAGCCUGAAGUCAGGCGAUAUGUGCUUCCACUGGAUAUUCACAGGGAGGAGCAGGGGAAGAAUCUGGUGUCUCUGUCCUACACCACAGCGACUGCUGUUCUUCACAGCGAUGGCACCAUCUGGCUCGAACCUGAAGUCCUGUUUUCCGGACCAAGACAGGCUUUUGAGUUUCCACAGAUCAACUAUUCUCAGUAUUGUGGGAAGAAGUACUCCUUCACCUACGGGCUGGGACUCAACCACUUCAUUCCUGACAGGAUCGUCAAGCUGAAUGUGCAGACCAAAGAGACCUGGGUGUGGCGGGAGGAGGAGAGUUACCCAUCGGAGCCGCUGUUUGUGCCGUCACCCGGAGCUACAGAGGAGGACGAUGGUGUGUUGCUGAGUAUUGUGGUAAAGCCAGGUGCACAGAGACCAGGUUCCCUGCUGGUGCUGGAUGCCAGGAAGCUGACAGAGCUCGCCAGGGCAGAGGUCAACACCGUCAUCCCUGUCACCCUGCACGGGAUGUACAAACCAUGAAGCCGCUUUUUAUCCAACCCGGCCAAGAUACUGCAUGAAACACACCAGUCACUCUCUCUUUUUUGGCAUUUAAGACAAGUUUUCAUUUGGAAAUGAACUCCCACUAUUGCUCUGCAAUGCUGCCGCUAAACUGCAUUUUCUUCACCGGUCUCUGCUCAAAAAAAUUGGGAUGUUGAUCUGGUCAGUUAAGUAGCAGAGGGGGCUGUUAAUCAGUUUCAGUUGCUUUGGUGUUCAUGAAAUUAACAAUGAGACAACCCCCAAAACAUGAGUGGUUUUACAGGUGGAGCCCACUGACAUUUUUUUCCCCUUCUCAUCUUUUCUGACUGUUUUUUUCACUAGUUUUACAUCGGUGCCACUACUGAUAGCAUGAGACAAUACCUGGACCCUACAGAUGUUGCACAGGUAAUCCAGCUCUGCCAAAAUUGCACAUCAAUACGUGCCAUUGCCAGAAGGUUUUGCUGUCUCUCCCAGCACAGUCUCAAGCAUGGAGGAGAUUCCAGGAGACAGGCAGUUACUCUAGGAGACCUGGAUAGGGCCAUAGAAGAUCCUUAACCCAUCAGCAGGACCGGUAUCUGCUCCUUUGUGCAAGGAGGAUCAGGAUGAGGACUUCCAGAGCCCUAAAAAAUGACCUCCAGCAGCCACUGUUGUGAAUGUCUCUGACCAAACAAUCAGAAACAGACUUCAUGAGGGCAGCCUAAGAGCCCAACGUCCUGUUGUGGGCCCUGUGUUCGCUGCCCGGCACCAUGGAGCCCGAUUGGGCACAAGCCAUCUAGACACUGUCUACAGUUACUACCUGCAUACUGUGACCACAUGAUGCUGUGCCAGGCCUCUUGUGGCGAGAGUACGCAGGCAGUUCCUGGAGGAUGAAGGAAUUGAAACCACUGACAACAGAACACCUCUGGGACAUUAUGUUUUGGUCCAUUUGAUGCCACCAGGUUGCACAUCAGACUAUCCAGGAGCUCAGUGAUGCCCUGGUCCAAAUCUGGGAGGAGAUCCCCCAGGACACCAUCUCAUCGUCUCAUUAGGAGUAUUCCCCAGUGUUGUCAGGCAUGCAUAAACCACAUGAAGGCCAAACAAACUGCUGAAAUUUCAUUUGAGCAACUCAAAGUAGUACUGA